AGACAUAUAUCCGAUCUUGGCGUCGUCCUUCAAAACCUUGAUUGCUACUCUUACAUAUCUUAUCUUCUUGUGAGAGAAAGAAAGAAAGAUAGAGAGAGAAAGAUAGAAUCGGUUUGCUCUUAUGGGAUUUUGCUGCUGACAGAGAAAGAUAGAUAGAGAGAGAGAGAGCAAUCGAUUUUUGUAGGGAUCGUUGAUUGAAAGCUAAAGAUGGGUGGAUCAGAUGAGAACAGACACGGAGUUAUUGGACUCAUGAAUCCACAAGGUGGUGGUUUACGUGGAGGAAAGGUGAAUCCGGCGAAUGGGCAGACACGAAGAGCACUGAGUAACAUAAACAAGAACAUCAUCGGAGCUCCGGUUUAUCCUUGUGCUGUCAACAAGCGACCAUUGUCUGAGAAAAAUGUGAUGUGUCACAAGAAGAUUCCACCAUCUGUUCCAGUGCAUCGCCCAAUCACUAGGAAAUUUGCUGCUCAAUUAGCUGAGAACAAGACCCAAAUCCACAAGGAGGAAACCAAGAGCGAACCAGUAGAUGUUAUUAUAAUAGAUGUGGAGGAAGAAGAAGAAGAUGGAGAUUUUAAUGAGCCAAUGUUUGUUCAACACACUGAAGCCAUGCUUGAUGAAAUUGACAGAAUGGAGGGUAUUGAAAUGGAAGAUUCAAAUGAUGCAGAAGGAGAGGGUGUGAUGGAUAUAGAUAGUUGUGACAAGAAGAACCCUCUAGCUGUUGUUGACUACAUUGAUGACAUAUAUGACUUCUACAAGAAAAAUGAGUGUCGUAGCUGUGUCCCGCCUAACUACAUGGAGAAUCAACCUGACAUUAACGAGAGGAUGAGAGGGAUCCUUGUUGACUGGUUGAUUGAGGUACAUUACAAGUUUGAGCUGAUGGAAGAGACGCUAUACCUCACAAUCAACCUCAUAGACAGGUUUCUUGCGGUUCAUCAUCAUGUCGCAAGGAAAAAGCUUCAGCUUGUGGGUGUAACAGCUAUGUUGCUAGCUUGCAAAUACGAGGAAGUAUCUGUUCCUGUUGUUGAUGAUCUCAUCUUGAUCUCAGACAAGGCUUACACUCGGAGAGAAGUUCUUGACAUGGAGAAGUUAAUGGCGAAUACCUUACAAUUCAAUUUCUGUCUGCCUACUCCAUAUAUGUUCAUGAGGAGGUUUCUCAAAGCUGCACAAUCUGACAAAAAGGUCGAGCUUCUAUCGUUCUUUAUCAUUGAGCUUUGCUUAGUAGAGUACGAGAUGCUUCAGUAUGCACCUUCUCAAUUAGCUGCUUCAGCGAUCUACACAGCUCAGUCCACGCUUAAAGGGUUCGAGGAGUGGAGCAAAACCUGCGAAUUCUACACAGGCUACACUGAAGAAAAGCUCAUGGAAUGUUCGAGGAAGAUGGCUGGUUUGCAUCACGAAGCAGGGACAGGGAAGCUAACAGGUGUUUACAGGAAAUACAACACAUCCAAGUUCGGUUAUGCUUCAAGAACUGAACCAGCUGGUUUUCUUCUGCUUUGAAAACCCCAACGGUUCAGGAGUGAGUGAGUGAGUGAGUGAGAGCAGCAACAUAAGUUGCAAAUGUGGUUUCGAAAUUUUAUCUUUUAAUUCUCGUUGCUUGGAGAAUAAUAAUAAUAAUAUGGAGACAGACUACUACUAUUGUAUCGCGUACCUAACGUCACAGCAUUUGACUAGAUUACUAUUUUUCAAUGUAACUCUCUCUUUCUUCCAUGAUG